CUUGUCGCGGUGCGGGUGUUGAUUUGAGACACAGCCCGGACUCGGGUUCCUCCAGUACAGAGUCAGAAGAUGGCGACGGCUGAACCGGAAGUGACCCCGAAUACAGAGAAUUCAGAAGAAGAGCAGAGUGAUGUGAGCGGCCAAGAAGUUGUGAGUCCUGAAGAUUACAUCAAACAUCCGCUACAAAACAGAUGGGCUCUGUGGUUCUUCAAGAACGAUAAAAGUAAAACCUGGCAAGCCAACCUGCGACUUAUCUCCAAGUUCGACACGGUGGAAGACUUCUGGGCGCUUUACAAUCACAUCCAGCUUUCGAGUAACCUGAUGUCGGGAUGUGAUUACUCACUGUUUAAGGACGGAAUCGAGCCCAUGUGGGAGGACGAGAGGAAUAAACGUGGCGGACGCUGGCUCAUCACUCUGACCAAACAGCAGCGCAGAGCCGAUUUAGACCGCUUCUGGCUCGAGACGCUCCUGUGUCUGGUGGGCGAGGCGUUCGACGAUCACAGCGAUGACGUGUGCGGCGCCGUCGUCAACAUCCGAACCAAAGGAGACAAAAUCGCCAUAUGGACGACAGACUACGAGAACAAAGACGCCAUCAUGCACAUAGGGCGUGUGUAUAAGGAAAGGUUAGGCGUUCCAGCUAAAGUCAUCAUUGGGUACCAGUCUCACGCAGACACGGCCACGAAGAGCGGCUCCACAACCAAGAACAAGUUUGUCGUCUAAAAACUGCAGUGGUCCUGUUAAAAUAAAUAAAGAAACAAAAUGAAAAAUCACCCUAAAAUUUAAUCUAACAGCAAAGUUGGCGAAUCAAAACCAGAUGUGUACAAAUUCUCAGUCGUUCAUUCAUUAUAUAAAAACCUGAUGUCUUAUACAGCUGUACAGUUUAUAAAUGCUAAACCAUUUGAUUGUUUUUUUCUCUCUCUCUUUAUACCCACUCAUUUUUUAAGGCAUUAUUGUGUAUUAUUACUUUUGAAAUGAGUCUCAUUGUGUUAUUGUUUUUUAAAAGAAAAACUUUUGUUAAUUUUUUUAGUUACAUUUAGAAGUUUUGGCGAAUACUACACUUUCAAGCUAAUUUAUUUCUGAUUUGUUUGUUUUUUUUCUUUUCAUUUGCAUUUUUAGUUUAUUUUAGACUGAUAUUAAUUUGGGUGUUAUUUGUUAUAACGCAUUGCAGUUUUGUUUACUUUUUUUUUGCCGUGUUAUACAUCUGUGUGUGAAUUUUUGUUGUGUUUCACUGAUAAGAUUGUUAUAAAAAAAAGUGAUUUACAGAAACAAACAAAAAAUAAAUAAAGGUUAAAAUUAAUUGUAUGAGCAUUGUAUAAGAGAUGUGUGUAAAUAAAUUUGUACAGUGCAUUGUC